GUGGAAACGUUACCCGCUGUCAAGCGUGCGGUUGACGUUUCAUUGUGGUUGAUGAUUUGCAACAUUCAUUCGGUACUGUGUAGAAAGAAGUAAAAAUGCGUGAAACAAGUACCAUGGAUGUGGACCCUCCGCGGGGGGAAGGAUUCCGUUCGUAUUUCGUGCAGAAGAUCGAGGAACUGCAGCUCAUCGUGGCGGAGAAGAACCAGAACCUGCGUCGUCUGCAGGCCCAGCGCAAUGAGCUGAACGCCAAGGUUAGGAUGCUGCGGGAGGAACUCCAGCUGCUGCAGGAGCAGGGCAGCUACGUCGGCGAGGUGGUGAAACCGAUGGACAAGAAGAAGGUCCUGGUGAAGGUACACCCGGAGGGCAAGUUCGUGGUCGACAUCGACAAAAACAUUGACAUCAACGACGUGACGCCAAACUGCCGUGUGGCGCUGCGCAACGAAUCGUACACCCUGCACAAGAUCCUGCCGAACAAGGUCGAUCCGUUGGUGUCGCUCAUGAUGGUGGAGAAGGUCCCGGACUCGACCUACGAGAUGGUGGGCGGGUUGGAUAAGCAGAUUAAGGAAAUUAAGGAGGUGAUUGAGCUGCCGGUAAAACAUCCGGAACUGUUCGAUGCGCUCGGUAUCGCCCAGCCGAAGGGUGUGCUGCUGUACGGACCGCCCGGAACGGGAAAAACACUGCUGGCCCGUGCCGUCGCCCACCACACCGAGUGUACGUUCAUUCGAGUGUCCGGCUCGGAGCUGGUGCAGAAGUUCAUCGGCGAGGGAUCGCGUAUGGUGCGCGAGCUGUUCGUGAUGGCGCGCGAGCACGCACCCUCCAUCAUCUUCAUGGACGAGAUCGAUUCCAUCGGUUCGUCGCGUAUCGAGUCGGGUAGCGGUGGCGACUCGGAGGUACAGCGUACGAUGCUGGAGCUGCUGAACCAGCUAGACGGGUUCGAGGCGACCAAGAACAUCAAAGUCAUCAUGGCGACGAACCGUAUUGACAUCCUCGAUCCGGCCCUGUUGCGUCCCGGUCGCAUCGAUCGUAAGAUUGAAUUCCCGCCACCAAACGAGGAGGCGCGUCUGGACAUUCUGAAGAUUCACUCGCGCAAAAUGAACCUUACGCGUGGUAUUAAUUUGCGCAAAAUUGCGGAACUGAUGCCCGGUGCGUCCGGUGCGGAGGUGAAGGGCGUCUGCACGGAGGCGGGCAUGUACGCGCUGCGCGAGCGCCGGGUGCACGUUACCCAGGAGGACUUCGAGAUGGCCGUCGCGAAGGUGAUGCAGAAGGACUCGGAGAAGAACAUGUCCAUCAAGAAGCUGUGGAAGUAGGCGGCUGCUGCGGCGGUACGGCAGAUGCGUUUUCGGGGAGCGUACACUUAGAGCUAAGAUUUUGUCGGCAAUGUCCUGUUUUGGAAUGUCAUAAACCAUAAUAAACAAUUUCCGUGCGAGACAUCAACAAAA